GGGUCGUCAUCGCUCUUUACAAUACAAGAAUGCUACAUUAAAACGUGCGCUCAGUUAUAGAUAUAGGUAGAAUGCUGCUUUUGGCACUUUUUAUAUUGUAUAUGGUGCCCGCCAAUUCAUUUUUGUUAAUCUAUCUUGAAAGAGGGGGAAAAAGGAAAAGAAAAGAAAAAAAUCUUUGAAAACUGCUCUCAAUUCAGCAAUGCAUUUGAGAUUCCUUUUAUGGAUUUCGAUGUUUUCCAAGUGAACGAUAUCUUAUUAGUUCGAUUUAAAGCGCUCAAGACUCUAUGGAUGUUCUGCUUGAGUUGGUUGUAUCAAUUUGAGAAUCAAUUUUUGAAUUUGUAUCAAUAAGCAUCGAUAGUUCUAUUAAACUCUGCAUUGUUUAUUUAUUUUUUUUCAGUGACGUAUGUCCUCGUGCCGUUUUUUCUUGUUCUGUGGGUUGAAAAGCUUAAAAUUACUACAACUAUUUACUAUUGUGCCAUGUGAAGCCGUAGCUCGAGGACAAAUUGAUGUACCGAACUGCUACCUUCUUUUAAUCCUCUUUAGUUAGUAGACCAAUGAAGAGAGCGGAGCAAUGAUAGUUAAGAUAUGCCGGAACUGAAAUGUGGGUACAAGGUGGAGAGAUGUUACAAAAUAAGUGGUUUUAGUGGAGUUGAAAAGUGCUUUAGGUACAUGAACUUUUGAAGAUUGCGUGUUAUUUUCGAGUGUUAUUGUUCUAAUUAGUGAAUUUAUGAUAGAGAGUUGUAUGAAGACUACAAUCUCUGAGCUGGUCUAAACUUUUAUGUGGUAUACAAUUUUAGUAAAUUGAGAAAUCUAGAUGGAGAGAGUUCUCUUUACUUUUGAUUGAUGAGAACAUUGCGCGUAGAAUCGGGAUAAAAAUAUACAUAGACAAAACGGAGAUGUCGUAGCAUGUGAUGCGAUUGUUACAUAUCUUUAACAUAAAUGAACUUGUAUAGGAUGGUUUAUGAAGCCGAAUGUUCUCAUGUGAGAUUGUUGAAAUGUCGAUGUUGAUGCGUCGACAAUUUACUAGAACAUGGCAGUAAGAUAUGAUUGAGCUUGAAAACAGUUUGAGAUGGUUUGUAUUGUUUUUACAUCACUUCAUUCUAAUAUCAAAACUGGCAUGUUAGGAAGUAGCAAGAAAAGCAUAUUCUGGUGUUGUUCUUGUUGCUAUGUUGCAGAUGCUGGGUGCUAUAACAUGUUAUGACCAUUUUAAGUUCUCUGGGCUUGAACUGAUCUUACAAAUGUAGUAACUUUGUUGAUGCAAUUAAAACCUGGUGCUCUGUUGAACUGAUUCUUUCUUGUUGCAAUGCCUCAACUGCUUUGUUUUUGCUCUGCUUUAGUAGUUGCUGAAUUUUGGAAGUGGAAUUUUAUUUAUGAAACAUGUCUUUUUGUGUGUGUGUGUGUGUGUGUUUUUAUGUUCUUGGGUUUUAAACAUUCCAACCUUUUGAUGUUGUAUUUUAUUCUCUCUCUCUGUUUUUUUUUUUUGGCAUGAGACAAAUUGUUGUGGUGGUCUUGCAAUUACAAGCACAUGUGACCUUCCAACUCCUUCCUGGUGGUGGUCUACAAGAGAGCAACAAACAUGAGAGAGAGAGAGAGAGAGAGACGACAUGGGCGGCGGCGGCGGCGGAGGUGGCGGCGGAGAGUCGUCGUCUUCAUCGGCGGCGGCGGCGGCAUCGCCGAGCUCGAAGAGGGGGAGGGAUCCGGAGGACGACGUGUACCUCGACAACCUCCACUCCCAAAAGCGUUACCUCAGCGAGAUAAUGGCUUCAAGUUUGAAUGGACUGUCUGUUGGGGAUACCCUUUCUGAGAACCUCAUGGAAUCACCUGCUAGGUCUGACAGCCUAUCUUACCCCAGGGACGAAAUUGCCUUCCAAUACUCUCCGAUGUCGGAAGAUUCCGACGACUGUCGAUACUGCGACACUCCGUUGAAUCCGAGUACUACCCAAACCGAUCCAGCAAGCAGCCCUUCCAGUCCGGUCUCUCCUUAUCGAUACCCAAAACCCUAUUCGGCUCCCUCUCCGACCAACACAUUCCCUCUUCCGAGCUGCAACCUCUCCUCCGUCGUCUGCUCGCACCCCCGCAGAGGCGACUCGGAAGGCCGCUUCCCUUCCUCGCCGAACGACAUGUGCCACGUGGCGGACCUCAGGAAGGCCGCGCUUCUGAGGUCGGUGCAGAUGAGAACGCAGCCGCAUUGCCCGCCGCCGUACGAACUGCCGUUCAGCUCGGGGCAAGAAAGCAUAGAUAGCUUCGAAGAGGGAGACGACCGGCCCGACCAGUGCGUCAAGUCUCAAGAUGACGAGGCCGGCUAUCACAGCCCGGAGCACGAAGCGGAUUACAUCGAGGAUUGCUCGUCGGCGGAUGGCACGUUGGAAUCCAAGUUCAGCCAAGACUAAGACUUGUUCAAAUUAUGUUUCACUAACUGGAUGAUUGUUUCUACUGCGGGGCGAGGUUCUACGACGCAUUCGAAACAUCUUUUGGCGAAGCACGAGAAUGUUUCAAAUGGCCUUGUUUUCGGUGUUUCCUAACCGCAUUCUUAGUUGCUA